AUUCAUGCACUUAUCAUCCAGGUGUUCCAGUCUUUCAUGAUGCUCUCAAAGGUUGGUCAUGUUGUAAGAGAAGAACAACAGACUUUUCUGACUUCUUAAGCAUUGUGGGCUGUACAAAGGGUCUCCAUAACAGUGAGAAACCUCCUGAGCCUGUCAAACCAGAAGUCAAAACUACCUCUGAACGGAAGGAGCUUGCUGAAUUGAAACCCAGAUUUCAAGAACACAUAAUUAAAGCACCAAAACCAUUGGAAACCAUUAAAAGGCCAAGCCCAGAUGAACCAAUGACAAGCUUGCAGCUGAAAGUGUCAGCUUCCUUGAAGCAAGCGCUAGAUAAACUGAAACUCUCCUCAGAAAAUGAAGAGAAAAAAGAGGAAGACAGUGAUGAAAUCAAGAUAGGGACGGCAUGUAAAAAUGCAGGCUGUUCAAAGACGUACGAAGGACCACACAGCACAGAAGAAGUAUGUAUAUACCAUUCUGGUGUACCUAUAUUCCAUGAAGGGAUGAAGUACUGGAGCUGUUGUAAAAGGAAAACGUCUGACUUCAAUACGUUUUUAGCUCAAGAAGGCUGCACAACAGGCACGCACGUGUGGACUAAAAAGGAUGCGGGUAAGAAAGUAGUUCCAUGCAGGCAUGAUUGGCACCAGACUGGAGGAGAAGUGACUAUUUCUGUAUAUGCUAAAAACUCUGUUCCUGAUCUGAGCUAUGUAGAAGCAAAUAGCACAAUGUUAAAUAUCCAUAUUGUAUUUGAAGGAGAAAAGGAAUUUCAUCGCAGUGUGAAAUUAUGGGGAGUAAUCGAUGUGAAGAGGAGUUACGUGAACAUGACAGCCACAAAGAUCGAGCUCACCAUGAGAAAAGCAGAGCCCCUGUUAUGGGCCAGUCUUGAACUACCGCUGUCCAGCACGCAACAGAAAACUGAGAAUUCAGAUCAGCAGUGA